GAAAUUAAUGUUCAAAUCUGUUUAUAUAUUUUAGUGAAUUUUAUAACAUAUAGGAAGAAGAGUCAUGGUGAACAAAACGGAAAUUUUUACUACCGUGGUAGUUUUAUUAACAUGUGUUUGUUUUAGUGAUAAUAAAAAACCUCGUGCUUCAUACAUCAAACCAUGUUCCAAAAGUGCGCCAGAUUUCGACGAGUGCUGUGUAGCGCAUGGAAAAGAUGCAUUGCCGCAUAUGUUGAAAGGCGAUAAAGAAUAUAACAUUCCAAAUUUAACGCCUUUUGUGGUUCCUCUAGUUUCUCUGAGCAGUGCCAAUCUUAAAAUUGGAAUCAGAGAUAUGCACCUCCAUGGUUUGGAAACGAAUGAACUGAAGCAAGUAAAAUUCGAUUUCGACAACAAAAAGGUAACAGUUAAAAUAUUUUUCAAUGUUAUUAAUAUUAUUGGAGACUUUGAAAUGGAUGGAAAGAUUUUAAUGAUCCCGUUACAGGGAUCUGGAAAAUCCAACAUAACGGCAGUUGGAGUAGACGUUGUCUAUUCAUUAGACUACAAACUUGAGACGAAGGAAGGUGAUGAGUAUUUUUCAAUAGUUUCGGCUACGUCUGAUUUCACUAGUGAGAAGCUUUAUAUCGACAUAAACGAUCUUCUUGGAGGUAACAAGGAAUUAGGUGAUACAAUCAAUAAGGCUCUCAAUGAAAAUUGGAGGGCAUUAAUGGAGUCUGUUAAACCAGUCAUUGCAGAAACCAUAGUCAAAAUCGGCAAUAGCAUUAUAGAUGGAUUCAGCUCUACAGUUCCAUUCGCAGAUAUAUUCUUGGAUUAAGACAGUUUUGGGAUUCAUCAGUAAUAAAACUUGAAUAAUUCUUUUCCUUCACAUACAAAUUUACGCAUUGCAAGAAUAUACUGUAGUGGGGUUCAUCGUUUAAAUUUUUUUAUAAUAAACAUAAGUUGUCUGGUUAA